AUGGCCGCAAACUUAAGUAUAUCUGAUAUCGAGGACCAGGUUGAUAAUUUCAUUAUUCGAAAGCCCACACAUGGGCCAAAGUCAAAGGACGAUUUAAAGGAGGGGCCGUUAAUCCACGAGAAAAUUCCGCUGGUAUUAAAGGACAUACUACGGGUAUCAAGAGACGGGGAACAAGAAGCCGUGUUCACCAUUUCCAUUAACAAGGCCCCAUGCCACUUUCGUACUUGUAUUGUGUACGCCUUUGUAGCCGGAGAAUGCCCGCACCAUAAAUUAUAUCGCAGAUACAUUCUCGACGACAGUACUGCAUCGCUGGAAGCAAGCAUUGCUACCAAGCCAUGGAAGAGGACGACGAUUGCAGCUCUCCAUAAUGAGGCGGCACUGCUCUCAAAUGAGGAAAGCUACAAGCAAAUAUCUGAAAGCAUGAUGCGGCUUCUGUCUGCAUCCUUGGAAUAUGUAGACCCCUCUGCCAUACGGAGAGGACAUAGUGUUUUGCUGCAUUGUCGUCCAAAUUUCUUUAGAGGGAACAUAAGCUUGGAGGCCUCUUCCUUUUUCAUAGACAAAGGUAAACCACGCAAGCUUGAAAUUGCUUUUGCGGAUCAUUACAUUGAUUGGCACAAAAGCUACAAAAUUUAAAAAUAGUGUGAUAGCUCCUUUUGUAUUGAAUUUUUACUCAAUAAAAAAAGCAUGUAUUAAAUAUAGAGAAAUAUAAAAUA